AGCGUCGUUUGAGAGGCAAGAACUUUCUAAAUAGGAAGUGCGAUCAUCGCUUUCUUUAUUUUGGUCCACGUUGAAAGUUUCAGGGCUAAUAUCUUAAUCUUUUGGAUGUAAAAAGGAACCUGGGAACAAAACAGACCAUUUACUGAGAUAUGAAAACUCCUAGACAGACCAUUUACUGAGAUAUGAAAACUCCUAGACAGACCAUUUACUGAGAUAUGAAAACUCCUAGACAGACCAUUUACUGAGAUAUGAAAACUCCUAGACAGACCAUUUACUGAGAUAUGAAAACUCCUAGACAGACCAUUUACUGAGAUAUGAAAACUCCUAGACAGACCAUUUACUGAGAUAUGAAAACUCCUAGACAGACCAUUUACUGAGAUAUGAAAACUCCUAGACAGACCAUUUACUGAGAUAUGAAAACUCUUAGACAGACCAUUACUGAGAUAUGAAAACUCUUAGACAGUCUCUGUGGCCUCAUCACUACUGACUUGUGGUGCCUGGUCUCAUCGCUCACCAUGACCCAAACCGGCCAGGCCGAGGAGUGAGACAGCCAUGUCUGAUUCUACCUUGUUCAGAGCCACCAGAAUACUCUGCAGAAGUAUAUCUAGUGACAUGGAGGAGUCUGAGGCCAAGGGCAGAGGAGGAGCUGUCCCCAUGAGGAAGAGUUCAGACAGGAGGGGUUCUGACUGGGGAAGCAUCGCCAUGCUGGAUAAGACCAAGGAAUUCUUCCAGACCUGCGAUGUGGAGGGCAAAGGCUUCAUCACACGCACCGAUAUGAGGAGGCUUCACAGAGAACUACCCCUCACUGCUGAAGAACUGGAUAAUGUCUUUGACUCCCUGAACACUGACCAGAACGGCUACCUCACCCUCGAAGUGUUCUCAUCAGGAUUCAGUCAGUUCCUGCACAGCCGGAGGAUCUCUGUAGCGAGGACGCAGCACCCGCCCUCCCCACUUCUAGGAAGCCCUCAGAAGCCCUGUACCAGAGCCAAUGGGAUGAGAGGUUGACUGGAGGGUGGGAGGAUGAGGAGGAGAGUCACUUCUGUAUGCUGCUGGAGAGCCUAGGGGCCAGCAACGUGUUCCAGGAGUGGGUGGAGUUAACCGCACCUCACAUUAUUACUUACUUUAUUACUAUACAAUAUUACAUAUGCAACAUUACAAUAUUGCACCUUGUAUGUAUUCCCCAAAUAUCUUUGUUUGGGGUUGUUGCCUCAUCUUGGAAAGUGUGGGGUUGAACUUUCAACUUACCCCUCUACGCUUUUGGACCCCUGUGUCUUUACAGUGAUUCCAAUGGUUUCUGAUAUAGUGGAGGUCAACCGGUAAGUUGAAUGUGACCGGUCCCUGUAGUUUUAUCAGAACUCUACCCUCUGUCUUUGUCUCUCUCCCCCCUCCUCCAGUCCAGGCGAGGUGCGCAGCUUGUGGGCCCAGCUGAGGAGGGACGAGCCUCACCUCCUGUCGAAACUUUGAGGAAUUCCUGGCCAGAGUCACCUUCCAGAUCAAAGAGGCCAAAGAGGAGAGGAGGGAGAUGGAGAGCGCCCUCCAGAGGAAAGCAGCCACACACGACAGUGAGAUCCGCGGUCUGUAUGAAGAAAUGGAGCAACAAAUGAAAAGCGAGAAGGACCGGCUGCUCCUCCAGGACUCGGAGCGCCUCCAGUCUCGUAGUCACGACCUGGAGCACCAGCUGUCCAGUAAGGAGAGAGAGCUGGAGCAGCUCUUCCAGAAACAGAGGAGGUUGGAUCUCCAGUGUCGCGACCUGAGCAGUGAGCAGCAGGAGAGCCGGGUGGAGAAUGUCAAGCUGAAGAUGACCAACGAGGAACUGAGCAGAGAGCUGGAGAGCACCUGUCAGGAACUGUCCUUGGCCCAGGAACAACUGACCAUGCUGCAGGACCAGGCUUCCCGCCUGCACCAGGAGAGAGAGAUGGAAAUGUACCGAGUCACUGAGGGACUACAGAGAGAGAAACAGAGUCUGAUGAAACAACUAGACCUUCUCAGAGAGAUGAACAAACAUUUAAAAGAUGAGCGAGACAUAUACUGUGCUGAGAACCCCAGGAAGUCCCUCAAACAGAAGCAGAGAGCCGGCUUGGUCAAUCUGUUCGCGGACACCAGCCAGCAGCCGGUUAAAAGCGAGGACGAUGUUGACACCGCUUGUCCACCACGUUCGCCGAAAACCAACUACGGCCUGGCCAACGGCUACCACGACUCCAACACCUCGUCUCCAACCCAAGUGGUUGAGGUGGAGGCGCAGGAGGUGAGGGUGAAGGAGAGGCUCUCCAAGUUCGAGUCAGAGAAGACCCUCGCCCCCACCCAGAACGAAAGGGACAGGCAUACAGAGUACCAGAGUAAGCCGGAGGUUGGGGGCGAUGGGCUGGACGGUCCCCCAGAUGGGUGGCCUCUCCGUCGGGUUAUCUCCAUCGAGGAGGACCACCUCCCCCACCUGCUUCAUGGAGGGCCCCAGCCCCUGCUGCACCAGCUCAGUGAGGAAGACGAGGAGGAGGAAGAGGCUCAAGGGAAGGAAGAUCUGGAGAGUAGUAUCUUAGUCGCCCCUGUUCCUUUACCUGUCCCAGUCACGACAGUGUCCCCCUUCAAACACCGAGGUAGUUUCAGCAGAAUCAGAAAUAUCCCCUCGUCACCUCGAGGGCAGCCCGUCGGCAAGGAGACCCAAAAUAGGGUGAAGGAGAGGGCCGUUCCUGCCCCAGACCGCCUGUUUAAGGUGGUUCUGGUGGGCAACUCCAGUGUGGGCAAGACUUCCCUGCUGCGCACCUUCUGUGACGGCCGCUUCCACCCCUCCAGCCCCGCUACUGUGGGGAUUGACUACAGUGUGAAGACUCUAAUGUUGGACAACACCCAGGUAGCCAUGCAGCUGUGGGACACGGCCGGGCAGGAGAGGUACCGCAGCAUCACCAAGCAGUUCUUCCGUAAGGCAGACGGCGUGGUGGUCAUGUACGACAUCACGUUGCUGGACAGCUUCAAGGCCGUGCGACCCUGGCUCAUCAACGUCCAGGAGGCUGCGGGAGUGGGCAUUCCCAUCCUGCUCCUGGGCAACAAGAUGGACGCGACGUCCGAGAGGGAGGUACCACUUAAAGAUGCAGAGACUCUGGCCCACGACACCCGUGUGAUAUUCUAUGAGGUCAGUGCUUACACCGGCUACAACGUGACAGAGGCCAUGAUCCACCUGGCCAGAGUGCUGAAAGAGCAGGAGGAUCGGGUGAGAGACACGUUUGUCUUCCUGGAGGUCCUGCCCGUCAAGAAGAAAGCCUGCUGCAAGUGAAGACACUCUGACAGAAUAGAGAGAGAGCAUUUGGAAUGGCUAGAGACUCCUGAUAACAAGUGAAGACACUCUGACAGAAUAGAGAGAGAGCAUUUGGAAUGGCUAGAGACUCCUGAUAACAAGUGAAGACACUCUGACAGAAUAGAGAGAGAGAGCAUUUGGAAUGGCUAGAGACUCCUGAUAACAAGUGAAGACACUCUGACAGAAUAGAGAGAGAGAGCAUUUGGAAUGGCUAGAGACUCCUGAUAACAAGUGAAGACACUCUGACAGAUAGAGAGAGAGCAUUUGGAAUGGCUAGAGACUCCUGAUAACAAGUGAAGACACUCUGACAGAAUAGAGAGAGAGCAUUUGGAAUGGCUAGAGACUCCUGAUAACAAGUGAAGACACUCUGACAGAAUAGAGAGAGAGAGCAUUUGGAAUGGCUAGAGACUCCUGAUAACAAGUGAAGACACUCUGACAGAAUAGAGAGAGAGAGCAUUUGGAAUGGCUAGAGACUCCUGAUAACAAGUGAAGACACUCUGACAGAAUAGAGAGAGAGAGCAUUUGGAAUGGCUAGAGACUCCUGAUAACAAGUGAAGACACUCUGACAGAAUAGAGAGAGAGAGCAUUUGGAAUGGCUAGAGACUCCUGAUAACAAGUGAAGACACUCUUCAAUCUAACUCUUUCUCUGUGCUCUCGGAGCCAAAUCCUAACUUUGUGACAUUUGUUAAUCAAUGUCUCAAAUUAGGAUGGCUCUUCUUUCAGUACCUGUUUUUGUUAAAGGCAAAGAGCCCAGUUGAGCUGGAUCCUAGUGGAUUUAGCUCUAGUCUACAUUACAACCCUUUUUCUGUUGUUAUGUGGACCUUCUGACUGUUAUGAGCAAUAGACAUGUGUUCUACUGUAGAACUAAUGGUAUAUUUGGUCAAUUUAAAAAGUGGAUCAAUCAUUUCAAUGUAUAGAAUGACAGUUUUUCUUUAGUUGUGAUUAUGUUGUUAAUCAAAACACAGAAUGGCUAUGUAAAUAAGAGCUUGAUUAAGUUGGUAGUUUGUUACAAAAUAUUGAUUGUCAUAAAUUUGAUUAAAAUACUGA